CCUCCUUUCCUAUGAUAGCUUUCUUGACCCUUUCAUUUCAUUUCCCUUUUUAACAAUUCAUUUAUGAAUUCACACGUUCUUUCCAACCUCACAAUAUUUGCUACCAUCAUUCAUAUAUUAUAAAGUAGUUGGUUGCCUUUCUUUUUCUCAUAGUAAAGACCUUAGCUUUUCAUUUUUUUACACCCCCAUAAGUUUGAAAAAAAAAAAUGUUCUAUUUACCAUUUAUUGUGAAUUUAGUGUUUUCAUAGUUUUCAACUAGGUUGGUUAUUGGUUUUGUUGAUAUGUGUGAUGAGUGAUGUAUUUGUGAAGCAAAUGUGGUUGGAAGAUUUGAUGGUAGCAUAGUCAUGAUUUGCAAUUGUUUUGGUGCCUUGAAUUGGUCUAAAGGGAAAGGUGAACCUGCUGAGCAGCUACAUGAACAAGCUUUGUGUUUGUGGUUGACAGUGAUGAAAACUAAAAGCUUUAGCUAUAACUCAUUGAGAUCUGCUACGGGAGAUUUUCAUCCUUCAUGCAAAAUUGGUGGAGGAGGGUAUGGAGUUGUCUACAAGGGUGUUUUAAGGGAUGGUACUCAAGUCGCUAUCAAGUCUCUUUCUGUAGAGUCUAAACAAGGAACUCACGAAUUUAUGACAGAAAUUGCUAUGAUAUCUAAUAUACAACAUCCAAAUCUUGUGAAAUUAAUCGGCUUCUGUAUCGAGGGUAAUCAUCGAAUAUUGGUGUAUGAGUUUCUCGAGAAUAAUAGCCUCACAAGUUCUUUAUUAGGUUCAAAAAGUAAAUGUGUUCCUCUGGAUUGGCAAAAAAGGGCUAUUAUUUGCCGUGGUACAGCUUCGGGUCUAAGCUUUCUUCACGAAGAGGCUCAGCCAAACAUUGUUCACAGAGAUAUCAAAGCCAGCAACAUAUUGUUGGAUGAGAAUUUCCAUCCAAAAAUUGGUGAUUUUGGUCUUGCAAAACUUUUCCCUGACAAUGUCACACAUGUUAGUACUCGAGUUGCCGGAACAAUGGGAUAUCUUGCGCCAGAAUAUGCGCUUCUAAGACAGCUUACAAAGAAAGCCGAUGUAUAUAGUUUUGGGAUCCUGAUGCUUGAAAUAAUCAGUGGUAAAAGUAGUAGCAAAGCUGCAUUUGGAGACAAUAUUUUGGUUCUGGUCGAAUGGGCAUGGAAGCUGAAAGAAGAAAACCGGCUUCUGGAACUUGUUGAUUCAGAAAUAACCGACUAUGAUGAGAAUGAGGUGUAUCGGUUCCUUGUGAUUGCUCUAUUUUGCACCCAAUCAGGAGCUCAGCACAGACCAACCAUGAAACAAGUUCUACAAAUGCUUUCCAGACAAGUUCAUCUUAAUGAGAAGGCAUUGACUGAGCCUGGAAUAUACAGAUGGAAUGCUUCCGCAAAGACGAGUGGUUCUUUGAAUGAGAUUUCAUCGUCAUCUCAAGUAAUCAAGCACAAAAAAUAUGAAAAUCGAUGUCAAACCUCUACGCAAUUUAGCGGUACAGAUAUUGUGACAGAGAUGUUUCCUAGAUGAUGGUUACUAUUUACAAAUGAUGUUGGUUCCAUGUUUCUGGUAUAUGAUGUAUUUAUCGUUUAGUUAUUAGGAUACAUGUGGUUCCAAAGGGAAUCAUGAUUCAUUAUGAUGAAUCUUAUUUCUUAUAUUGUUGGAUACUGCAUUAAAUAAAUGUUCAUAUAUUUACUUCUGUUAUUG